AUGGCAUCUGUUGUUUACUUCAAGUUUAAGUCUAGUGUUAAGACUGAUUCUGUUUCUUUUGAUGGGUCUGCAAUAUCGGUAAAAGAUCUUAAAAAUGCAAUCAAAAACAAGUGUUGUUUGCAUUCAACAGAAUUGGACCUAAAACUUGAGGACAAUUCGGGGAAAGAAUUCGCCAAGGACAGUGAAUUGAUUCCUAAAUUCACGAGCAUUAUUGUCCGUCGUGUUCCGAAGCCUAGUAAUGAGUCUCAUAAAAGAAAACCUAUUCAAGCGUCUGGCGCAAAGGAAAUCAAGGUGAUCACAAAUUUGGCAGAUUCUGACCUUACGGAGGAAGAAAAAAUACGAGUGAUGAUUGACCGGUCUUCUGAAGCUUUUUCGUCCAAGAAGUAUGAGGUCUUGGUUUUUGUCGAUGAUUUUAGUUAUGCUGUAAAAGCGAAGGCCUAUGGGGUUCCUCCCCCAGGAUAUGCUUGUCACAAGUGUAAUCAGUCCGGCCACUGGAUUCAUGACUGCCCUGGCAUUAAGGAUCUCAGGGGCAAUCUUGUGGAUUCCAAAACUGUUAAACGCCCUACUGGUAUCCCCCAAGAUUUCUUGGUGAGAGUUGAUCCAGGCACUCCUGGUGCUUACCUUGAUAAAAGCGGACGGUACAUGGUUCCCAUCAAGGAUGCGGAGGCUUAUUCUCAGAAAAAGAAGGAAAAACGCGCUUUUUCUCUUGAGGAAAACCCUCCUUACGUACCCCCUCAAGAGCGUACGCCUUCGGAAGGUUUAGUCUGUCCUCUCUGUAAGAAAUUACUCAGGGAUGCUGUUUUGAUAACCUGCUGUGGGACAUCUUAUUGCAAUGAAUGUAUAACAAACCAACUAUUUGACACCGGGUCCCAGAAGUGUCCAAACUGUGAGUCACCUGUCGUAAAGUAUGACAGCGCCAUUAUUGAAAAUGCCGCAAUGCGUCGCGCAGUUAUGGAUUGGUUGAAAGCCAGUGGUUCUCCUGAUAUCACAAAUUCCACGGCGUCGCCAGAGCUUAUUCAGUUAAAAAGCAUUACCCCAGAGCCUGAGAAAGUCGUUCGCCGACUACUUAAGCCGAAACAACCAGCAAUCUCGGAUUUUGUGAAAGCGGCGGCUCAGGAAACCGGGUCUCCAGUGCAAAGAACCUCCGAUGAAAUGAAGACUCCAAACUUAGAGGGAUGUGAUUCAACGAGUAACGAUACUGCCAUAAGAACCGGAAACUCUUCAGAGCCAUUAUGCUCAAAAACUGUACCAUUCCUGCCUAAAUCAGAAUCGUCUGUUACCCUUGUUAAAAGUUUCCCCAUUGACCCUCAAACCCUUCCUGUUGUUUCUAAUACAAGUAGCGUUGCCAACCUGCCUUGUGCAACCUCAUUUGGAGCUGGAGGCGGGGCCUCUGUGGUGCCGCCUGUCCCAGUUGUCACAUCCCUUUAUAGUAAUACGCCGUUAGUCUUCCCAAGCGAGGGCUCGUCCCUCGCGAACGCAAUGUAUAGUGCAAACCUUGCAGCCGGUAUGCCUGCGGUAGGUGCUGCCCAGGCUCCACUUGCUACCGUCUUUUCAAGCAAUUCUCUGGUAUCGUCUAAUAGCAUUUGGCAACCACCUGAUGUGUCAUUCUUGGGCAGUGUGGAUCAGAGCAAUUUGCUUAACUCUGGAGGUGUGUUCCCUUCAGUCAACCCGCUUGUGGAUCUGCACAACGCAGUUGGCGUCGACAAACUUCUUUCAAAGGAGGAGUUUUACCGCGUGAAGCGACAACUAAUGGAGGAGUCUUCGCAUAGAAGAACUCGUCGUUCUCAUAGUCGAGACUCACAGCCUUCACGGCGUAGUGGAAUCGAAAGUCGCAGAAGAGCAGCGCCGGAUUAUUAUUCUCGAAAGCGUGACGACGAUAGGCGGUCGCGAAAGCGCUCACCUCCACGUCACCGUUUGCGAUCUCGCAGCAGUGAGUCCGAUCAUCGACAAACGAGCACUAAGGGAGAAAGCUUAUUCGUGGAGGACUACGAUACAUGGCGACGCAAGAAGGCGCGUCGACAGCAGAUGGAAGCCGUAGCAGGUGAAUGUCGCAGGCGUCUUUCGCCAUUUCGUGGAACUCGCCGUAGAAGUGAUUCACUUCUUUCUUCUCCUCUUCGAGGCGAUAAACGAGAAGCCUCACCUCGCGGAACUCAUGUGGAACGGUAUCGCCGAUAUGCAGAGGAGUCGGACAAAUCUCGACUCCGAAGCCCAUUUCCGAGCGGAAGUCCUGGUCGGAAUUCAUUGGAAACAACUUCACCAUGCUGUGGAAGUAAUCGACAUCAGGAACGGAGAUGUCGUCACGAGGGUUCGGAUGUUUCUAGGAUAAAAUCCUCAUCAAAGCUGCCCUCUAAAUUAUCCGAAAAUAUCAUCCCCUCCGUUCCUGAUCCUUCAAACGAAGUCGAUCUUGAGGGGCUUGACGCGAAAGCCCUCAAAAAAAUUCGUAAACAGCAGAAGAAGGCCAAGCGAGAGAAAAAGCUGGCGAGACGGGCUGCCAGGGCUCAGAAAUCAGCUGGUUUAUCUGGUGGAUCGGAUAAAGGAAUCUACGAUGAUCUUGAUGGAAUCUCACCCGUGAUGUUUGGAGAUGAGGACAAUGACGGAGAAGCGGUUGCGAAUGUAAAACGUGAGAAGAAAAAGAAGAGAAAGCACAAGUUUGUGCGCCGGGUUGAUUCCGAGGCUGAUUCCGAUGGCGAUUCUCGUCGCAAAUCAAAAAGGAAGCGUAAAGAAAAAAAGUCAAAACGAUAUCACGACAAUGUUGAACAGAGAGUAGUUGGAGAAGACAUGGAAGAAUCCCUUGAGGUUUGCUGA